GCAAGUUCUUUUCCCUGUCUCUGCUUCCUAAUGCCUCUCCAAAAGCUCUCAGCACUCAUUGAUGCCAUCUGCAAUUUCGUCAUUUGUAACGACUCCUCCCUCCGUACCCAGCCGAUCAUCUUCAAUCCUGACUUCUUUGUGGAAAAGCUGCGCCAUGAAAAACCAGAAGUGUUCACAGAGCUUGUUGUCAGCAACAUUACCAGGCUCAUUGACUUGCCUGGGGCAGAGCUGGCCCAGCUGAUGGGAGAGGAGGACCCAAAGCUGCCUGGGGCAAACAGCACAGCCUCUGGAUUUUUUCGUUCUCUGAUGUCUCUGAAGCGCAAGGAGAAAGGGGUAGUGUUUGGCUCCCCGCUGACAGAAGAAGGCAUUGCACAGGUCUCCCAACUGAUCGAGUAUCUGCACAAAAAUCUAAGAGCAGAAGGCUUGUUUCGGGUGCCAGGCAACAGCAUCAGGCAACAGAUCCUAAAGGAUGCUCUGAACAGUGGUACAGAUAUUGACCUGGACUCUGGGGAGUUUCAUUCCAACGAUGUGGCCACCCUGCUUAAGAUGUUCCUGGGUGAAUUACCAGAGCCACUGCUGACACACAAGCACUUCCAUGCUCACCUCAAAAUUGCAGACUUGACACUGUUUGAUGAGAAGGGGAAUAAAACCAGCACUCCAGACAAAGAGCGCCAGAUUGAAGCCCUCCAGCUGCUGUUUUUGAUCCUUCCCGCACCCAACCGCAGUCUGCUCAAACUGCUGCUGGACUUGCUCUACCAGACUGCCAAGAAGCAGGACAAAAACAAGAUGUCUGCCCACAAUCUCGCCCUCAUGUUUGCACCCCACAUCCUAUGGCCCAGAAAUGUGACAGCAAAUGACCUUCAGGAGAAUAUCACAAAGCUAAACAAUGGAGUGACCUUCAUGAUUAAACACUCUCAGAAACUCUUCAAGGCUCCAGCAUAUAUCCGGGAGUGUGCCAGGCUGCACUAUCUGGGAUCCAGAGCUCACACAUCAAAGGACGACCUGGAUUUGCUGACGUCUCCUGACUCCAAGGAGCUGCAGCCCCUCAAAUCUCAGAAGCGAAGCAGGCUGGACACUUGCCAUCAGGAGGAGACCCAGCAGCGCACGGAGGAGGCACUGAAGGAGCUUUUCCGCCAUGUCCACAAUAUGCCUGACUCUGCAAAGAAGAAGAAGCUUAUCCGGCAGUUUAAUAAGCAUCCUACAGCGCUCACUCCUGGUCCUGAGGUGCCCACGUCCCCAGCACCGCGACGCCCCCGCUCGCGCUCCUUCAGUGGCCUCAUUAAGCGGAAAGUUUUGGGAACCCCGGUUAUCCUGGAGAGGAAGAGCAGGGAUGCCACACCAGAGCCUGAGCGAGUCAGCAAAGAGAACAUCCACCUGUUACAGAAGUGUGGAUCUCCAGCGCACAUGUCCCAAACGAAGCUGAAAUCUUUGGAGGGCCGGAAAGAGGAGUCCUGCAGACGCAUGCGAGCCCACCUGCUUUCCAAGGAUUCGUCAUCCCUCUGAAUCGCCUCGCACCAGCGCAUGGGUGGGAAUGCCCAGCCUCGCAAGCUGUGAAUAAUGUGCUGCACUGAGAGGGGAGUGCUGCAGGCUCACAGCAUCCCCCACCAACACGGCAGCACUCUUGAAACUGGACCUUUGCAAAGACUGCAGGGACUUGUUUCUUUCUGUACAUAAAUUAUAUUUCAUUAUACUAUGGGGCAAACCACUAUCUAACCAAAACGUGCAGCAUGUCUGACCUGCUGGCUCUGGGAGGAACUGGAGUGCUUGCUUACAAGGAGAGCCCUGUACGUUGCAGGGCCAUUUGCACUCCCAGCUUCCUCUGCAAUGUUGCUAGGCUGUGGUUUUUUGCUUUUCUGCUCUGUGUUUUUAGCACAUUGGCUUGUUUUUGCUCCCUCUCCUCUGCCAGCAGUGAGAAUGAUGGACUCCAGCCUUCAUCCGCACCCUGACAGCUAACGUUACCUCCAGGCCUCCUCUGGAGCUAUGCCCUCCUCUGCUUCCUCCGUGUUCUGUUUUGCCCUGCUGUCCCCAAAGGGCUGGAGUGCACAAACGGUACAGAGCGCAGGAUGGGCCUGGGAG